AUGGCGCUCGCGCGCGCGGUCGUGUGCGCGAUCGUCGUGAUGGCGAUGCGCGCGCGCGCGAUGCCGGACGCGAAGGACGAGGCGUUCGUCGCGUGGUUGGACGCGGGCGCGGUGGUGGACGACGGGUCGACGGGCGACGGUGGGCGAUUCGUGUACGCGGCGAUCGAGGACGAGGACGGGACGGGGGGGGGGCGGCGACGAGGAGUGUUCGCGCGGGAGAGCGGGACGGGAGGGACGAUCGCGCGCGUGCGUGAGGAGCGCGCGGUGCGAGCGCGGGGGACGACGGCGACGGUCUCGAACGAGAGCGCGGAGUGGGCGCUCGCGAUCGAGCUCGCGAUGGAGCGGGAGAAAGGAGUGGCGUCGAGGUAUAGACCGUUCGUGGAUUCGUUGUACGAGCGCACGCCGGCGAAUUCGACGGUGGUGUCGAAGAAGGCGCGCGAACGGCUCGCGGAACAUCACGCGGAGAAGGUGAUGCGGCGGUACGACGAAGACAUCGUCAGGGGUUGGAACGCGGCGGUUCGGACGUUUCGGACGUUUCCAACGAUUUUUCGCGCUCAGGAUUUUACGAGAUCCAAGUUUGAGGAGGCGUUGGCGAUCGUGCGGGCGAAUUCUUUCGAGGUGACGCGCGCGGACGGAGUGCGCGAACGUGUGCUCGUGCCGCUCGCGCAUUUGCUCGUGCACGACACCUCGAGCUCGGUGCCGUGCGUGAAGAUGGUGGAUGAUACGUUCGUGAUCAACGUCGACGAGCAUCGAGCGGGCGAUGAGCUAUCUUGCAGUCACGGAGAGUACUCGGACGCCGAGACGUUUGCGCGCUUCGGCACGAGCGCAGUCUAUUCAGAGGAGAACAACGCGAGGGAUGUGAUCACGUUCACAUUUCCAGACGAAGUUCAUCUCAAGGAAGAAAUUGGUUCGUGUGGUCCCGCCGAGGACAUCGGUUUCACGCGCGACGGUGCGUCGGCGGAACUCAUGUGCGCGUUGCGGCUCGUUUCGGCAAACGCCACCGAAUGGAGCGAAAUGCGAAAGCCCAAUUUCGACCUGCAGAGUCUGAAAAACCGCCCAUUGAGCGAAGAGAGCGAAGUCGCGGUUUACGAUGCGCUCUUCGCGACGCUCACGGACUUGCUAAACUCGUAUCCUUACAGCGAUGUCGACGACGAGCAUUUAUUGCGCGGCGAUCGCUUAGCGGACGAUGAGCGCCGCGCGGUUAAGAUUCGUCUGCGCGAAAAGCGCUCGGCGCUCAGGGCUUUGAACACCGUGCAAUACCGCGGUCGCAAAGCGUUGGGGGGCGUCUUGUUCGACAAGCACUUCUCGCACAUCAUGCCAACGCGUGUAAAGGACGAGCUCUGA